AGGGGGGUUUGCGAAGGUCUUUUGAAAGAGAGAGAGAGAGAAAGAGAGAGACACACACACGCGAAAACACACUCAAACAAAAACACCAGUAUGGAAGACUACAAGCGGUCACACACAAGCCAAGAGGACGCGAGGGAGGCGACGGAAGACGCUUUGGAGAAGACAACAGCCUCUCACCUCGUCACAGAUACCAUGGACGUGGAAUUACAGGAUCUGCCUUUGGGUCCUCUCGACGACGGUCUCCAGGAUACUCUGCACGAGGACCUUGUAUACGACAAGACCUGCCGACGGUCGUCCUUGGGUGCCGAUUCCCUGUUGGACCAAGAUUUCACUGACGAUGCCGCGCCUCUUGAAGGAGACGCUGCUGGGGGGGGCUCUGUCUUCACGUCCCUCGACACGGUGCUUGGGUACCAGUACGCCGACGAUAUAUAUGCGAUCAAGAAGGCGAUGGAGGAACACUACCAUCCGUAUAACUGCAUGGCGGAUCAGCCCCAGGUAACCGAGUACAUGCGCUGCACUCUGGUCCACUGGCUGAUCAAAGUGAACCACCAGCUCCAGUUCGGUCCCGAGACAGUGUUCCUGGCGGUGAACCUGGCAGACCGGUUCCUCGUGGUGACACCGCUCGCCCAAGACUGUCUGCAGCUCCUGGCAGUUGCGGCCUUGUUCGUGGCGGCGAAGAUGGAGGAGUGCGUGGUUCCAGGCAUCACCGAACUAGUGUCCAUGUGCGCGGGGACGUACCGGCCGCAUCACUUCAGACGCAUGGAGGUCCUUAUUCUCUCGAAACUUGGCUACGCCCUACACAGUCCAACGUGCUGGUACUUUAUUGAUCAUCUUACAUUCAAAGCGACGCAAAUGUGCGGGUUGGAUAGAAACGUGGUGACCGUCGCCCGCCACGUCGCCGAGACCUGCCUGAGUAACUACGAGAUCAGCCAGUUCCUCCCGAGCGUGCAGGCGUCGGCAGCCAUGCAGGUAGCGCUGAGCCUCGUGCCCGUGCCCAGCCUGCAGGCCAACACGUGGCAGACGCUACUCUACACGCUGUACACAGAAGCCGAGAAAGGCGACGCGAGAAUCUGUUCCUCUCUCAUGACGCGGUACAUGACCCCGUUCCUGGAGGCCAUCACCUCUGACCUCGGCCCAGGUCAUGAGACGCCGCCCUCGACGCUCCCUUUUUCGCCUCCCGACGACAGAAUGGAAGGGCGAGAUAAAAUGGACGCCCACGCGACAGAAUGGAAGGGCGAGAUAAAAUGGACGCCCACGAUAGAAUGGGCGCUCGCAACCAGAUAGACGCCCAUAAAGACUAAGGAACAGCCAACGAGAAGCACGAAUUUCUAAGCGAAAUUGAAGCAUUUUUUUGUUGAUUAUGCAGGAAAAAAAUAAGCUGGUUGGUUGGUUUGCGUGUGUCUGUUUGCGUUUGCGUGUGGAUAUGUUGUUGGACAAGAGUUUUGUGAUGUUUUCCAUUUUAUUGUUUCGAUUUCGUUUCCCAUUCAGCUCUGUUCGAAAAGGGAUUAGUUAGUCCCUUGCGAUGUACAUUUUCUUUCAUAGUAUGUUGCUUAUAGAAAACGUCGUCUUUUACACAGGAGGUACUAUUGUAAAAAAAUGCGCGAUAUCUCCGUGAUUUUUACCAAACAUAGAAUUUGUUUUCUCGCAACGCCUUAACAUUUAUCACACCUAUAGUUUGUGCUAAAUGUUAUUUACAAUCUUUGACACAACUUGUACUACAUCCUUGCAAAGAUGCAAACGCGUGUUGCGCCCCCUCUUCCGUGCUUGCAACAUUGAACCCGUGACUACGAUGCUUCCAACAAUGCAAUGGCAAAUUCUUUUUACAAUUCACGUCGUUAUUUUGAGCGUUUUGACUUCGUUGUGUUGGUGUCGCCGGUGCAGCUUGAUUCUCUUUUGGAUAGCAUACAGUGGUGUGUCAUGUGUUGAUUCAACGUUUUGGACAAUGUUGUUGCCUUGGACAUAUUACCGCGUUGGCUCGGCCGAGGAAUGCGUGAAGCUAGAGAUUUUUUCCCCCACGUUCAGGCUUUCUCUCUUUUAGUUAGUCUUUUUUCUUCUUCUUUUGCUUUUUUUCCUAUUCAUCCUCUUCUCUUCUUUUUUUUUGAGUGUCGUUUGG